UUAAUUCUUGGUAUUUUUUAAGACACUAUCUUGGGAUUUCUUUGGAACAUAAACAAUAACAAAAUAGUAACAAAGAUGGCUGCCCCUUGAAAUCCUGCAGAAUUACCCUUGUCUGAAGUACUGAAGUCUGAAGUGACACUAAUUUCACUGAAGAAGACUGAAGACAGUGAAGUCACACAAGACAAGUGACAAGUCCAGUGAAGUGACUGUACUGAGUCAGAAGAGGAGGAGGCUAUUGAUGGCGUGGCUCACCAAAAACUUAUUAAUUCCUUAUUUGCAUUAGAUGGAAAAAAAAACAAAAAACAAAGUGUGACCUUACGUACAUCCAAUAUCUCCAACAACUUGGACAUGGCUAUACAUGCUAGUAGAGACACAUUGAAAAUUCAUCCUCAAGACCUGAAGUUAAAACAAAAACAUGUAUCUGCACAGCUACAGAAGCCUUUAAGUGCUCUAGAAAUGGAAAAGACAAAAAGAAAGUUAGCAAGAGAUACAGUACAUUCAGAAAUGACCAAAUGGGAGCCUGUUGUCAAUGAAAUAAGAAGUGCAACUCAAACUGCAUUUUCCAACAGACCUCAUGGUUUACAAAUGUUUCAGUCAAUGCAGCCAAAAUCUUUCACACCAAGAACACCAUUGGAGCAAGAAAUCUAUGCUGCUUUAGGGAAAGAUGAAAGUCUUGUCAAACAAAAUCAGGCUCUCUCAGUGGCUGAAACAAAAGCUUUAAAAGCAAUGUCUGUCAAAGAGGCUUUAGCUAGAAGAGCUGAACUAAUGAAACAUCACACAUUGCUUUCAAGAAUGGAAUUAAAAGCUAAACGUCAGAAAAAAAUUAAAAGUAAAAGGUAUCGCAAAGUCUUACAGAAAGAAAGAGUCGCUGCAGAAAAAAAAGAGCUAGAACACCUUAGACAAAAUGAUCCAGGUGCAUUUCUUGAGAAGAUAGAGCUGAUGGAGAAAAACAGAAUGGAAGAACGCUUGACACUCAAACACAAAGGAGGAGGAAAAUUUUCAAGGCUUCAUAAGGCAUAUAGUAAAUUUGAUGAUAAAAGCCGUGAUGCUAUUCAAGCCAUGUUGGAAAAAAGUAAAGAGCUUACUAAAAAACUUGAAAGUCUAAGUGAUGAGGAGGAGGAGGAAGAAGAGGUGAAUAUUGUGAAGACAGUGGAGUCAACGAAAACUAGUGAUAGCGUUAUUGAUGACCAGAUGGUUGAUUCUAUUAUUAAAGGGAAAUUUGGUCAGCUAAAGACAAGUACAAAUAUGUGGCUGAAUUCAACCAAUCAGUUUCAGACUGCAUCAACUUCAAAUUCACAGCUUGCAUCAACAUCAAAUUCAAAUGCUGAUGGUAAAAAUCCUGAUAUUGGUACAUGUCACAAUGUCAAUACUCAUACCAGUUCUAUUGACACAUGUACAGAUUCACUUCCACUAAAAGUCACAGAAAAUCUAUCUGCUAACAGUGAACAAUCUUUGACUGCACCAGACAAAAAAAGUCAAGAGACUUCAGAAAAACCCAAAUCUAGUGAUGUGAAUGUUGUUAAGAAAACAUCUGUUUCAAAAAAACAAGACAAAAAGAAAAAGUGCAAUGAGUCAAACAAAGCAGACAUUUCAAAACCUGUGGUCUUCCUUGAAUCUGCUGAUCAGUUAACUGUUAAUGGGGAUGAAUUGAAAGUGACAAUGGAAGAACUUUUUGAAGAUGAAGAUGUUGUAGAGGAGUUCAGUAAAGAGAAAGCCGAGAUGGAAAAUAAAAAUGUGGUGAAACAUGAAAGUAAACUUCCUGGCUGGGGAAGCUGGGCUGGUCCUGAUUAUAAACAUAUUCAAGAGAAACACUCUAAAAAGAGAUCUCAAGCUCAACUCAAGGAUCAAAAAGUGAAAAAGCCAUAUGCACCAUAUGUUUGGAUCAAUCCUAAUAAAGAUCAGGGAAUUAGGAAACUUUUGCCAAAAUCUGUGCCAUUUCCCUUUUCAUCCGUUCGGCAGUAUGAAUUGUCUGUUAGUCAACCUGUAUCACGUGGACUUGUGCCUGAAACUGCCACAAAAUUAUUAACCAAACCAGAGGUUGUGACCAAACUUGGUCACAUUAUAAAACCUCUCAACAAAGAGGAGUACAUGAGCAAAAAGGAAGACAUUGACAUGGAAGAAAUCAAAACAAAAAGUACAGAAUUUAGAAAAUAAAAACCAUUGAUUAAAUACAGUUUAUUUAUUUACUUUAAUAAUUCUACUAUAUUUAAUAAAGCCCAAAAGGUCUUGAUGAAAAGUGUAGCAAUAUACAAAUAUAAUUUGCUUUUUUUGCAGUAGUUCUAUAAGGUGAUCCUAAAUUCUUAAACCAUGAUGUUAUGUUUUUUAAGAAAAGUUAAUAAGAGUUGUCUGUCUGUGCCAAAGAAAAGGAAAAGUGUGAUGUUUUCUUCAGCACUCCCAUACAGGGUGUUGGUUAGGUGAAACUGUACUCAUUGUAGGGUCUGGCUAAUAUGGAUUAAAAUAGGACAUUCAAAUAAGAUAGGAGUCACAGUUUUGUAAGGGUGGAUAGUGGGAUUUAUUGUUAUGGUGAUCAUUUAAAGGUGUGUAGAUUACUCUUGGAGAGGUGGUGGGGAUUGAUUCAUCAACUUUGUUUGGUGGGCUCAUUUCCAAUAUUUCUCACUUAAAGAGAAAGGGUUAUUUGCCAUAAAAAAAAUAGUAUUAACAAUUGUAGAAUGAAUUCAUAUUUACUGAUAAUGUUGUAUGCAAUGCUUAUAUAAUUUGUGUAGCCUCAUUGAGUAGGCUUCAGCCUUGUACAAACUUAAGUUAAAUGUAUACAUUUGUUUAUGCAAAUAAUAAAAUGUUAACAAUUUAAAAAA